CUGUUACCUUUCCAGACGACUCCUCCUGUUCCUCCUCCCGUCUACCUGCACUGUGGACGGGGCGUGUUUUCCCACUGGAAGAGCUCCACUCCUGCUUCAGUUCACUCCAUGAGAAAUAUCCAGGAACAGCUCACCGGUCAAAACUGUGAAUCAAGAGUGGGGCUAUGAUCACAGCUGCAGAAUAUGGAGAGACGUCAUGGGAGCUGUCGGUACAGAUCGAUCAGAAACAGGGGGAUGAGUCCAUGAAAUUUAAGCUGAGGGUGAAGGGAGACUUGCACAUCGGAGGCCUCAUGCUGAAGUUGGUGGAAAAAAUCAAGGCUCCUCAGGACUGGUCCGAUCACGCUCUGUGGUGGGAACAGAGGAAAUGCUGGCUGCUCAAGACCCACUGGACCCUGGACAAGUAUGGAAUUCAGUCGGAUGCCGACCUGCGCUACACACCUCAGCACAAACCUCUGCUGCUGCAGCUUCCCAACAUGAAAACCAUCAAAAUGACCGUCAGCUUCUCCAGCGUGGUCUUCAAGGCAGUGACAGAAAUCUGUCGAACGCUCAACAUCAGAAGAUCAGAGGAACUGUCUCUGCUGAAGCCUCCAGAUGAUCCGUCCAGGAAGAAGAAGAAGAGAGACAAGAACUCACCUCAGGAGGAACUGUGGGACAUUGAUUUACUCAGCGGGGGUCCAGGAGGAACAGGCCCCAUGUACAGUAAGACCAUGACAGCGACCUACGACCCGGAGAACGGGAUGCCGGUGUCGGCCACCAGCCUCUGGUUUGGAGAAAACCCUCUGGCUGAAAGUCAACCGAACCUGCCGCCUGCUGAGCUCGCAAAGAUGUACCAGCCACUGUCGCUGGUGGACAAAGCAAUCAACAGUGCAGGGUGGUUGGACUCGUCUCGUUCCCUAAUGGAGCAGGACAUCCAAGACGACGACAAGCUGCUGCUCCGCUUCAAGUAUAACGUCUUCUUUGACCUGAAUCCUAAAUACGACGCUGUGAGGAUCACACAGCUGUAUGAACAGGCUCGCUGGAACAUCCUGCUGGAGGAGAUCGACUGCACUGAGGAGGAGAUGCUCAUGUUUGCUUCAUUACAGUAUCACAUUUGUAAGCUGACCAUGUCAAGCGAGCCGCUGGAUCACUCCAACGAGCCGGAAAUCGAUGAAGUGGAGGCCGCCCUGUCCAACCUGGAGGUGACGCUGGAGGGAGGACACACGGACAGAAUCCUGGAAGACAUUACAGACAUUCCAGAGCUGGCAGAUUCCCUCCGGCUGUUUAGGCCUAAAAGAUUAACGCUGCGGCCCUACAAAGAAUACUGGUUUGUAUUUAAGGACACCACCAUCUCCUACUACAAGAACAAGGAGGCCUCCGUCGGAGAACCGAUAGAACAGUUUCACCUCCGAGGCUGUGAAGUUGUUCCGGACGUCAACGUCACAGACAAGAAAUUCGGUAUCAAGCUGCUUCUUCCGGUCGCUGACGGGAUGAACGAGGUUUACAUCCGAUGUGACAAUGAAACGCAAUACGCCAAGUGGAAAGCCGCCUGCAUCCUGGCCUCCAAAGGCAAGACGAUGGCCUACAGCUCCUACAAGUCGGAGGUGAAGAGCAUCCAGUCCUUCCUGCAGAUGAAGAGCCUGGCGCCCCCUCCUGGUCAGGCAGCUCCCGAUCUGGACGCCAUGGAGAUGAACGCCGAGUGUUUUGUUUCUACUCGUUACGCCAAAAAGCACAAGACCAAACAGCUGACAGCACGUAUCCUGGAGGCGCAUCAGAACAUCGCACGGCUGUCGCUAAUGGAGGCCAAGAUGCGUUUUAUCCAGGCCUGGCAGUCGCUCCCAGAGUUUGGCAUCAACUACUACAUAGUCAGGUUCAAAGGCAGCAAGAAGGAUGAGAUUCUGGGGAUUUCGUACAACCGGCUGAUUCGUAUCGACAUGUCCUCCGGUCUGCCCGUCACCACGUGGAGGUUCGCCAACAUGAAGCAGUGGAACGUCAACUGGGAGAUCCGACAGGUGACCAUAGAAUUCGACCAGAAUGUGACGAUAGCCUUCUGCUGCCUGAGCUGCGACUGCAAAGUGGUGCACGAGUUCAUCGGCGGCUACAUCUUCCUCUCGACGCGAUCGAAGGACCAGAACGAAACGCUAGACGAAGAACUUUUCCACAAACUCACAGGAGGCCAAGAAUGAGCACAGAGUUGGUGGCUUCUUAGAGUGUACUUCUGUUUAUUCAGAUAGAGACGAGUGAGAAAUUAAAGGAAAAAAACAAGAAAGUUUCUGGGAAAAGUGUUGGGCUUCGUUGUGCACCUUGACAUUGAUUCUCUGAGUCUCUAAAACUCUACUGGAUUGAUGAAUGAACCAUUUUUUCCUAUUUUUUUAAAACUUUUUUUUAGCAAAACAUCACCAAAUCUCCUCACGGAGGUCAGGUUUUUCCUUUAAUUUGUCACCCAUCUGUAUAUGUUUUAGUGUGAAAGUGCAGCAUUCAUUUGCUGCAGCAGUAGUAACCACAAAUACUGAGCAAAUCACUGCCAAAGAACACAUCAGAGAAAUGAUGCUUUUUCACCCACAGGACAGUAUCUUUAGUUGUUUUUGUAUCAUUAUGUGUCCUGCACUAGAAAAACUACGGUGUUGAUGUAAAUAUGUAGCCAAGAUUUGUCUUUCUCUCAAAACUUGGAUGUUUGUAAGAAGUUUUUUUUUUUUUCCUAAGGUGAAGAAACUGAACAAAAACCAAUAAAGGGUGUUUUUAUAUUUUACAA